UGUGAUAUCAGCUUGCACCAAUGGAAUGGAAUAGAACAGAAUGAAAAUGAAUGGACGUAAAUGGCUAGGAAUGGUACUCUGUAUAAUGGAAUGAAAUGGAAUAGAGUGGAACACAUUACGUGUAACAAUAGAAUGCUAUGGAUGGAAUAAAAGGAAAUAAAUGAGACCGGAAGGACGUUAGUGGUGGAGCCUGAGCCAUGCAUAGCUGUCCCAGACGAGUGCUCCGCAUGUCUCAUCUGAAUGCCCUCUGUUCCAGUGAAAUCAAAAACUGCAGUCAACAGGAACUGAGCUAUAUCUGCUCUGCAUGAAGUCUGUGUGCUGCUGGUUUAGAACGUUGUCACAAUAACUCUGACUGCGGCAGGUGGGAGCUCAGGGGUCAGUCUGUGAGUGAGGCCUGAGUAAGGAGUGAAUCAGCGCUGCUUUUGACUGACGGACAGCUUGGUGGGAAACAAGGCCUCAGGAGAGCGAGAGUCUGAUAACAGGAGUGAAAGCGUCGCCACAGCAAUAUCAUCUUUCAGUCUUCACUGCCACUCGUCUUUCACAACAUGGCCUCUGCGGUAGCACCGUUCUCCUCUGUCGCUGCCUCUUUGGGGAUGUAGAAAGACACGGGACACAUGGAAACAUUCCUGCAUACUGCUACAGAGGAAAGCUUUGGAUGUGUCUUCAGACUUUAAAGUCCCUAACAGAUGGACAAACUGUGUUAAGCGUCAGUACUGUCAUCAUUACAACUACUGUUUCCUGGUUUGGGAAUUGUUUUAGUGUUUCAAAGGGACUCGUAGGACAAUGGAAGUUAUAGGAAGGUGCUGUCUCUGAUUUUAUAUGUUCCUGUGUAACAUCGAAGGCCAAUGCGUGUGGCUCGAGAGCCCAUCAUGGCCAGACCACUGCUGAAGAUCCACCGCUAUUUCCGGUGUAAACCGGUACACUUUUUCUCUUUCAUCCUCCUCUACCUCACUGCUGGCAGUCUUGUUUUCCUCCACUCCGGCUUCUCCAGCGACACUUCCACCACUGGAGCUUCUAGAAGUGUCCGUGACCCACUUAUAUCUGAAGGUGGGGGCGGCGCAGGUGGUGGGAGCUCUACCUCUGAUGGUCUCGGGCUCCUAGGAAGGGUAUUUAAGGAGACACGGAGAGCCCCCCAGAGAUUUGGACCCCCGUGGAUGAAGAAAAAUAGGGCACAGGAUGUACCGGAGUGGGCCGGAAGAGGAGUUGAUCAUCAUACCAGGAGCCAUGGAGCCAAAGGAAAAACCACCAAAGGGAUGGAUGAUGGGAGAGCAAAGUACAUCGGCUGUUAUGUUGAUGACACACAGAAACGGGCUCUUAGAGGGGUUUCCUUUUUUGACUACAAAAAAAUGACUGUCUUCCGUUGCCAGGACAACUGCGCUGAGAGGGGUUAUCUCUAUGCGGGUCUGGAGUUUGGAGCCGAGUGCUACUGUGGCCAUAAGAUUCAGGCACCCAACGUGUCAGAGAGUGAAUGUAAUAUGGAGUGUAAAGGGGAGAAGAGUAACCUCUGUGGAGGACCUAAACGACUGUCCAUAUAUAGACUGGAGCUAAGCCAGGAGUCGGCCCGCAGAUAUGGGAGUGCCAUCUUCAAGGGAUGUUUUAAGAGGCCAGACAACGUGACCCUGGCGCUUCCUGCUAGUGCCGUUAUUAAAAACAUGUCAGUGGACAAGUGUGUAGACAUGUGCACAGAGAAAGAAUUCUCUCUGGCAGCCUUGGCUGGUGAAAAAUGUCACUGUGGCUUUCCUACUCCUCUCUUCACCCUGCAUGACCAUGAGGAUGAGGAGCUGUGUCUCCAGCGCUGUGCAGGAGAAGACUUCGAGAGCUGUGGAAACAUUGACUUCUUUGUAGUGUACCAGACCCAAGUGCAAGAUAAUCGUUGUUUGGACCGGCGCUUUUUGCCCUCUCGAACCAGUGGCACUGUGGCACUUGCUAGUUUCCCAGGCGCAGGGAAUACAUGGGCCCGUCACCUUAUUGAACUGGCUACGGGUUGGGAGCUACUGAGCUACUACUUUGAUGGCUCACUGUACAACAAAGGUUUUAAAGGGGAGAGAGAUCACUGGCGCAGUGGUAGAACCAUAUGUAUCAAGACCCAUGAGAGCGGCAGGAAGGAGAUUGAGGCCUUUGAUGCCAGCAUUCUCAUGAUCCGGAACCCUUAUAAAGCCCUCAUGGCAGAAUUUAACCGAAAGUAUGGUGGCCAUAUUGGAUUUGCCUCUCAAGCUCAUUGGAGGGGGACAGAGUGGCCAGAGUUUGUGAAGAACUAUGCUCCAUGGUGGGCAUCCCACACACUAGACUGGCUGAAAUAUGGGAAGAAAGUUCAAGUGGUACACUUUGAGGAUUUAAAACGGGACCUUUUCUCUCGGUUAAAAGGCAUGAUCAUCUUUCUGGGUCUGGAAGUCUCAGAGGACCGCCUGCUGUGUGUGGAAGGACAGAAAGAUGGGAACUUCAAACGCUCUGGGCUGAGGAAGCUUGAAUAUGACCCUUAUACGGCAGAGAUGCGUGCCACCAUUGACGGGCUAAUUAGGACUGUGGACACAGCACUCAGAAAGAGAAACCUGUCUGGUGUACCUGAGGACUACAGGCCCAGAUGAUACUCCUCUCUUCACUUAUGCUUUUUUUCACACCACACUCCCCCCCCCCCAGCUAUACCCAUUUUUUUCCUAGAAUAUGAAAUUGAUUAUCAUCAUUUUCCUUGUUUGCUUUCAGUUUUAAGAACGGUGUGUAUUGUGAAACUGCUAAAAAACUGUUCUUUCUUUUCAUUAAUAAUCUACACUGUAUAGUAAGACAUGGGCUUGUGCAACAAUUUGGCUUUGAGUUUAAUCACCAUGGAUCCAUCUUCCUUAUGCCAGUAUAAGUGUGUGGUAACUACAAAUUCAGUUCAGUCAUUAAGAGAAAUGACUGUUCACACUUCUAAUGAAAGUGUCUAUUGCCAUCAAGACAUCCGGGACAGCUGUUUAGACACUACUGGACUCCCUUUUAAACACUUCAGCCUCAUUGGGAAUAUAUGGACAGCGAUUUCAUUUUUAACAUCUGAACCCCAGCUUCCUGUUACCACAAAUAUCUGGAAAUUGCCUUCAGAUGUUAUGAUGCUUCUUAAAUCAGUGAUCAGUGAUUACUUAUGAUCAGUGAAAUAGUUAUAUGGGCAACAAAAAUUCUCAAGAUAUACCACGUGUAUUAGAUAAAUGCAUGGGCAACUCGAAAACACGUGGUCUGGUACUUGCCUUCAGUGAUUUGCAGGCAAAUUGCAGCCCUUAUUGAGUUAUCGAUUUAAAUGAAAGCAACCAAGUUCUUCUGUUUUGUGUUUAGAGCACUUUUAAGUUGAGACUGUUUCAUCAAGUUAACUUUUUUUCUUACUGAGGUUUUAAGGUGUAUUUGCAGUGGAUGAUAAAAAGAAGGGGGGAAAAACAUUUCAUAGUGUGCUCACAAAGUAAAAGAAAUGGGGGCUUCUUGUAAAUUGCUUACAAUGACAUUGACUGACCCUUUAGAAUGAGUUUUUUUUUUUUUACCCCUUUUCUCAAUCACAAUUAUUUUAAUCUGUUAAGGGGAUACUGAAGUUUACCCCAAAAUGAAAAUUCAUUCAGUUAUGUUUUUGACAGACAUGGUCUUUAACACAGCUCUUACAUGAGGAGUUGUGUAUCAAUAUUUGUAAUCAUGUGAGGAUGAGUAAAUUAUGACAAUUUUCAUUUUUGGAUGAACGAUGCUUUUAUGCAAAAAAAA